AUGAGCCUAAAUGAACACGACGUGGUCUUGUCAGGACUCAUGGACAUGGAGGAGACGCCGCCACCUACGAGGCCACUACCAGUAUCCAAGGCACUAAAUUUACAGCAGACUGAGGUCGUGGCAAAGCGAAACCAGUCCAAGUACGACUUUGUGAAAGUGCGCGUGUGGGUGGAGGACCACGUUUACGUCUUGUCACGCUAUUUGCUGUGUCGCGCACUGGUUAGUGCCAAGAUCAAUUCGAGGACGCGAUAUCGGCCAGAGCAAUUUGAGGACUUUCUGUAUAAGACAAUGUUAGUGUUCGGGUAUGGUGAACCACGAUCUCGUGUUACAGGAUGUGUCCAGGACGCCGAUAUGAAGCAAUUGCCAAGUCGUCAUUUGAUGCUGGACGCUAACGACAAGUGGUUGUUGCUUUUCAUCGGGACGUUUUCGGCCAGCUUUUUCAUCGCAAUCGGGUCCGCUGCUCAUCAUGCUGGCGAGGAACUGCCUGUGUUGGAAAAUCCACCCUAG